UCAGCCUGUGAUGGAGGGUCAGUCACAAGUUAUUUUAGGAGGAUAGUUUCAUUGAGGCGUCACCGGCGGCCGGUGGUGAUGGAGAGAUGGACGGUACUUAAGCCGCCCCCGAGCAUUUCAAUGCCACGUUAGAGCUGAAGCACAAGGGUUGGACUCAAGAUGCCGAACUGGGGCGGGGGUGCCAAGUGUGCGGCCUGUGAGAAGUCGGUGUACCAUGCAGAGGAGAUCCAGUGUAACGGGAGGAGCUUCCAUAAGACCUGCUUCAUCUGCAUGAGCUGCAGAAAGGGUCUGGACAGCACCACGGUCGCAGCGCACGAGUCUGAGAUUUACUGCAAGUCCUGUUACGGCAAGAAAUAUGGGCCAAAGGGCUACGGGUACGGGCAAGGAGCUGGAGCCCUGAGCUCUGACCCUCCUGGACAGAACUUGGACCUGCAGCCUCAAGACUCUAAACCACAACCAGCUUCUUCAAACUCCAAUGCCAAUAAGUUUUCCCAGAAGUUUGGAGGUUCAGAUCGCUGCUCUCGCUGCUCCAAAGCCGUCUACGCAGCGGAGAAGGUGAUGGGAGCAGGAAAGCCCUGGCAUAAAACCUGUUUCCGCUGUGCCCUGUGUGGUAAAAGUCUGGAGUCGACCACAGUGACAGACAAGGACGGGGAGCUGUACUGCAAAGUUUGUUAUGCCAAAAACUUCGGUCCAAAAGGAUUUGGACUGGGGAACGCCGCCAUGUUGGAGUAACGAGAGUGAACACUGGUUUUAAAGACUUCACAUUCACUGUGUCGCACGGCAGCUGUUUCCAUGGAGACUCAGCUUUUACCUUAACACUGGACGACGUUUGUAGAGCAUGACGGAUGUCGAACUGUACUUAAAAGUCACGAUUCUAUCUUUAAAAUUGGACUAAAUGUUGCAUAAUACUUAUAAUUGUUCAUUCUGAUUACAAAAUAAAACAAUUUUGCUACCUUUGCA